AUGUGCCCUCCUGACAACAAGAAUUGUGUAAAUCAACAUUAUCUCAAAAACAUCAAGAAUAUAGCUGUGAUUUUGGAUGGAUUGAAAAUUUUACCCUCUGACCAUACAAUUGGUUCAGUGGAAAACAGUCUUCACAGUGAGAACCAACUUUCCUACUUUAAUCACAGGAACCUGGAAAACCAGAGCACUGAAGUCACUUUCAUUCUCUUGGGAUUCUCAGAAUACCCAGACCUCCAGCUGCCCCUGUUCCUCUUAUUCCUGACCAUCUACACAGUCACUGUGCUGGGGAACCUGGGCAUGAUACUGAUUAUCAGGAUCAACCCCAAACUCCACAUUCCAAUGUACUUCUUCCUCAGUCAUUUGUCCUUCCUUGAUUUCUGUUACUCUACAGUGGUUACACCCAAACUGCUAGAAAACCUGGUUGUUGAAGACAGAACCAUCUCCUUUUCAGGAUGCAUCUCUCAGUUCUUUUUUCAAUGCAUAUUUGUGGUGGCUGAAACAUUCAUGUUGGCAGUGAUGGCCUAUGACAGGUUUGUAGCAGUCUGUAACCCCCUGCUCUACACCACUGCAAUGUCCUUCAGGCUCUGCUCCUUGCUGGUGGGGGCAUCAUACUCUUGGGGUUUAAUUUGCUCUGGGACCCUUACCUAUUUACUAGUGGAAUCAUCCUACAGAGGAAAAAAUAUCAUAAGAAAUUUUGUCUGUGAACAUGCAGCCAUUGCCUCUGUGUCCUACUCUGACCCUUACAUUAGCCAGCAGACUAUUUUAGUCCUUGCUACCUUCAAUGAAAUCAGCACCCUCAUGAUCAUUCUGACUUCUUAUGUGUUUAUUUUCAUCACUGUUAUGAAGAGGCCUUCAACUGGUGGCCGCCGCAAAGCCUUCUCCACAUGUGCUUCUCACCUGACAGCUAUCACCAUCUUCCAUGGGACCAUUCUUUUCCUCUACUGUGUUCCUAAUUCUAAGAAUUCAUGGCUCAUGGUCAAGGUGGGGUCUGUGUUUUAUAAUGUAGUCAUCCCCAUGCUGAAUCCUCUGAUCUACAGCCUUAGGAAUAAAGAUGUCAAAGAGACUGCCAGAAAGUUCAUCAAUACAACAUUGGUGAUGAAAUGUAAAGCUAGGAAAAAAUGA